UCGAUGUAUCGAUGUUUCAAUUUGAAAAUGAAACAUCGAUGUUCGUAAACCGAUGUUCGAUGUUUUCGCAAAUUUUGUACCAUCACUUAGUAAUUGCACGUGGAACGAAAGUGGCUUUUGGUGUUGGCAGGCAGUGAUUGAAAUGGAGCGGUUUGUAGAAAGUUCUAGUGGCAAAGUUUCAAAGACGAGCUCAAAGGAGGUGGAAGAAGAAAACCCAGCAAAAAGAACAAGGUACGGUCAGUCAGCUGUAUGGCAAUUUUUUAACAAAUCAAAGGAUGGCAGUUCAGCUAAAUGCAUUCAGUGUGGAAAAACAUAUAUAACAUGUGGCAAUACCACUAAUUUGGCUGGACACCUGAAACGGAUGCAUGCAGGAUUAACUGUUAGCGAGCUUCCGAAAUCUUCAGGGUCUAUUUUGUCCUUCAUUGAAAAAAAAUACGAAGCAUCUUCCGCUAGGAAAAAGAGUCUUGAUAGCUCACUAAUGCACUAUAUAUGCUCCGACAUGCGACCGUUCUCAGUUGUUGAAAACAAAGGAUUUCGUAAUUUUGUCAGUACAUUGGAUCCUCGCUACGAGCUGCCUUCUCGUAACAAAUUGAGAAACACAUGCAUGCAAGACUUUUACACAAAUAUGAAAGACAAAUUACACUGUAUUCUGGACCGAGUGGACUAUUGCGCUAUAACAACAGAUUGCUGGACGUCACGGGCUAACGAAAGUUAUAUGACAGUCACUUGCCAUUUCAUCAAUGACAACUUUGAGCUAAAAGCAGCUGUUUUGUCAACCAAAAAUCUCAUUGACGAAACCAACCACACGUCGCAAAAUAUUGCAAAUUCUUUGCGCGAAGUCCUUGUGGAAUGGCAAGUUAUUGACAAAGUCAGCCCAAUUGUUACAGACAACGCGAGGAACGUUGUAAAAGCAUGUGAGAUUCUACAAAAGCGAAACGUGCCUUGCUUUGCUCAUUGCAUUAAUUUAAUUGUCCAAAGCUGUUUUUCCCUUGAAAAUAUUAAGACAAUUAUGGGAAAGUGCAAAAGCAUAGUUUCGUUUUUCAAGAGCAGCUCAAUAGCGUAUGCAAAAUUUAAGCAAGCCCAGGAACCAAUGAAGCCAUAUAGUCUAAAACAGGAGUGCCCUACAAGGUGGAAUAGUGCUUUCUACAUGAUUGAGCGCAUUUUGGCCACAAAGUCAGCUAUUGCUAAAGUCCUGUUAGAUACUCCGAAAGCAAUACUACCUCUAUCAGUUGAUGAGCUAUCUGUUCUGGAAGAUUUAAAGCAGGUUCUUUCACUAUUCGAGGAUGCGACGGUACAAACAUCAUCCAGCUCUAAUGUAACAGUUUCGCUAAUUAUACCAUUGGUUAGCGGACUUUUGCAUAAUUUGAGUGAAAUCAAAGAUCGACUAGAAACUGAUGAUGGCCGUAACGUAUGCAACUUGCUAAUGGAAGGCAUACGGCAAAGACUACUGCCAUAUGAAAAAAGAACUGUGACUCGUUUGUCGACAUUACUGGAUCCGCGUUUUAAAAAGGAGGGUUUUUUUUCAAAUACAAACUCUAUAGAAGCCGAAAAAUUUUUAGAAAAUGAACUUUCGCCACUUUACAAAGAAAAUCACCCUCCAAAUAUAUCUAGCCUGCCAACACCACUAUGCGAUAAAACUCCACUUCUUAAUUUUUUGGAAAAAAACAAAACUCAAAAAAUUCGUAAUUCCCGAGUUGAUUCGAUUUUGACCCUUCGUCAAUACUUCAACAUGGAAAAUAUAAACUCUAGUUUAAACCCUUUAGACUACUGGAAGAUCUCGACUGAUGAGCCAUUGAAGAUGAGCUCAAAAAAAUAUCUCUGCGUACCGGCUACGUCAACUGAAAGUGAGCGUAUGUUCAGCAAAGCAGGUUUAAUAGUGAGUGAAAAACGAAGUUCACUAAAGCCAAAAAAUGUGGAUAUGCUGGUUUUCCUAAAUAAAAAUGAAUGGAUCUCAAACAACUGAUAAGUUGAGUCAUUAUAUUUUCAUAAUUUAAUUUGUUUGAAAAACUCACAAAACUGUUAUGUUAAGUUAUCAUUAUAUUUUGGAUAUUUCAUUUGUUUUUAAAAGCUUUAAAUAGUGUUAAGUUAAGUAAUAAUAUUUUCGUAAUCUAAUUUGUUUUGAAAAAACCAAAAUACUGUUAA